GUGUGUUCAUUAAAAGUGGAUUCUGUGAGAAACCCAUGCCUCCAACAAUCAGUCCCUCUGAAUCUGGCAGCGCUCUGUUCAUCAAGACUCCUAAAACAGCCUGUGGAUCUGUUGGCGUCCUGACCUACGAUCUGCAGAAGGGAUCCACGCAGCAAUAUGAUGGAAAACUGGCCAUCAUGUUCUCUAAUCCUUAUGACUUUAACCUGUACUCUAACUGGUUUGCAGUGGGAAUCUUUGACAUGAAUAAACAGUGUGAUGAAAACCUUUAUAAAGAGAUGUAUAACAAACCAGAGAAGAAGUUUGUCCGAGGUAAAGCUAAAGACCUCAGUCUGACUCACAAAGGUGAAACUGUUACCGUCAGAGCCACCAUGUCAGACAGUUACACACCUGUCAUCAAGGUUCAGGUGUGCAUCAACUGAAAUGUAAAACAUCAUUAUUCCAUCCUGAUUAUGUUACUCUGCCAUGCACCAUUAAUCCCAGUUAGCCCACUGAGACUUUCAUUUCAUAAUGUGACUGUUAAUGCUCUACAUUAGCUUCAUAUAUUGUUCUUUAAGUGCACUUCUGCUACUGUCUGCCCUGGUUAAGAGUUCCUUACACUGACACUGUAAUGACAAUAAAGUUGAAUAAUGGUUCAUAAA